CUACCCUUCUCAUCCUCUACCCCUGCUCUACCCUCCCUUUCCUUCCUCGUUGGGCUGAUAUUAUAUAAAGACAUUCAACUAUUCCUAUCUCCUUGGGCCGUGCCUUUGUUCAUCUUCUCUCUCUACCUGCCAACUAGCUGUGAAGCCAUGGCUCUGCAACUAUGGGAGACUCUGAAGGAAGCCAUCGUGGCUUACACUGGCUUCUCUCCGGCCACCUUCUUCACCAUCCUCGCCUUGUUCUUCGCCGCUUACUAUGCCGUUUCGGGUCUUUUUGGGCCGACUGACCCUCCCCCUAGGCCGAGGAAUUUGGAGGAGAUGGUGCAGCCUCUGCCUCCGCCGGUUCAGGUUGGUGAGAUUUCCGAGGAGGAGCUCAAAGUCUAUGAUGGCUCCGAUCCCAAGAAGCCUUUGCUUAUGGCUAUCAAGGGUCAGAUCUAUGACGUGUCUCAGAGCAGGAUGUUUUAUGGACCUGGGGGACCAUACGCUCUAUUUGCUGGCAAAGAUGCUAGCAGAGCUUUAGCAAAAAUGUCCUUUGACGAGAAAGAUCUCACUGGGGAUAUCUCUGGUCUCGGCUCAUAUGAGCUUGGAGCCUUGCAGGAUUGGGAAUACAAGUUUAUGAGCAAGUACGUCAAGGUUGGAACUGUCAAAAGGCCUGUUCCAGUAACUGAAGCUGAAACAAAUGGCGAACCGUCGGGAUCCACUACCGGUGAUGGUGCCGAGGUGGCUGCUAAGCCUAUCGGAGAUGGCCCUUCAGAAAUUUCGACCGUUAAAAGCGAUGAAGCCCCAUCAAAAGUCGAAUAAAACGGUCGGGUUAAGUUGAAUUGUCAUUGCUGCAACCAUCUUUGCUUGUCAGGUAAUCAAACUCUGUAGGAGCUGCUGAGAAGAAGACUCGAGAUUGGCCCUCUCCGCGAAUGUGUAUUAGAACCCUCCAUACAGAUUUUCAUUUAGCAUAGGCAACUUAUUGUAAUGGGACGAACGUUUGUUGAAUAAAUUAAAUAAUGAGUCUUGAGUGGUAAACCUCAGUUUUACGAGUUUCAA